AUGAGUUCCCAACAGCACUGCGUGAGACUCAAUGAUGGCCACGUCAUGCCUGUGCUGGGCUACGGCACUGCCCAAAAUCCAGAGAUUCCAAAGAGUAAGACUUUUGAGUCUACUAAAAUAGCAAUAGAUACCGGGUUCCGCCAUAUUGAUUCUGCUUAUGUGUACCAAAAUGAAAAGGAGACAGGACAGGCUAUUCGAAGCAAGAUUGCAGACGGUGUUGUGAAGAGAGAAGACAUAUUUCUCACUACAAAGCUUUGGUGUACAUUCCAUCGGCCAGAACUGGUUGAAAUUGGCUUAGAAAGAUCCCUGAACAACUUUCACCUAGACUAUGUUGAUCUGUAUCUUAUCCAUUACCCAGUGUCAAUUAAGCCGUCAGACACAAUGUAUCCAAAAGAUGAAAAUGGAAAACUACUAUUUGACACAGUAGAUCUCUGUGCUACAUGGGAGGCCAUGGAGAAGUGUAAGGAUGCAGGACUGGCUAAGUCCAUCGGGGUGUCCAACUUUAACCGCAGGCAGCUGGAGAUGAUCCUGAACAAGCCGGGGCUCAAGUACAAGCCUGUGUGCAACCAGGUAGAAUGCCAUCCUUAUCUGAACCAGAGCAAGCUGCUGGACUUCUGCAAGUCAAGAGACAUCAUUCUGGUUGCCUAUGGGGCCUUAGGGUCUCAGCGUCCUAAAAUCUGGGUGGACCAGAAUUCCCCAUUUCUUUUGAAUGAUUCUGUUCUUUGUGCCAUGGCCAAAAAGCACAAUCGAAGUCCAGCUCAGAUUGCCCUUCGCUACCAGGUUCAGCGUGGGGUAACUGCCCUGGCUCACAGCUAUGAAGAGAAUGAGAUGAGAGAGAACAUUCAGGUGAUGUGAAGAGCUACGGGUAUCUAGGACGAUGAAUAUUCUUCCUUAGCCAUGGAUUUCUUUGAAAAAUCUCUGUAAUUUUCCCCAAAUAAUUGUUUCUAGCAUUCCCUGUGCAUGUACAGUUUCAAGCAUUCCCUGUACAUGUGCGGUUUCAAGUGUUGUGAUUUACAAGAAUUGUUAACAUAUUGUAAAAUUUAAUGCUUACUUCUGUGGUCAUUCCCAGAAAUAUCAAUAAGUAUUAGA